CCCCGUCCACCCACCCCCCGUUAGACAAAAACUCAAAACAGCCUCGAGUGAGAAAAAAGAAAAAAUGGUCAAGUACGCGCGGCAGAGAGCCGAGGAGCUGCCGUGGGAGCGCGACGCGUCCGCGGACCAGCGGGAUUUCGGGGAGCCGUCCGGCUACUCGCUCGGCGACGUCCUGCACGCCAAGUGUCCCGCGAUGGACCAAAUCGACACGUUCAUGAGGAACGUGCAAGUGCUGCUCGACGCGGCGAAUUACAUAGAGGGCGUCGAGAGGAGCCACGGAAAAUGUGAGCAUGGUUACGCGUCCUUAUACCCUGCAACCCAGACCGAACAUCAACAGAAACAACGUAAAUUCAAAAACAGGAAAUUGGACAAUAUUCACAAUAGGUCAGCGCACAAUGAGCUGGAAAAAAAUCGACGAGCACAUCUCCGCCUGUGUUUGGAGAGGUUGAAGUCCCUUAUCCCUCUGGGACCAGACUGCAGUCGGCACACCACGCUGGGACUGCUCAACAAGGCCAAAGCACAUAUCAAGAAACUUGAAGAGGUGGACCGGAGGAGUCAGCACCAGCUGGAGAACUUAGAGCGGGAGCAGAGGCACCUGCAGAGGCAGCUAUCCCAGCUGCAGACUCAUGGAGAGUGGGGGAGGGUCCGCACAGACAGCCUGGGCUCCCGGGUGGACUCGGACCGCUCAGAGUCUGACAAAGAGGAAAUCGUAGUUGACGUGGAGAGCACUGACUUCUCCCAUGGAGAACUGGACAGUGUGAGCACCAGUGGUGCAAGUGACCUCGACGACCACAGCAGUCGGCAGAGCUUGGCAAGUGACGAGGGCUACUCCACAUGCAGUCUAAAACUGGCCUUCUCCGCAUAAAAGCACCAGCCUAUACAUUCACUUCUGCUGCAGUCUUUUAUGGCUCUCACCUUCCCACGUACCAGCCUACAGCUCCAUUCUCCUUUGCAGUUUAGGUUAACUUGUCUUCAGAUGAACCAGCCUCAGUCCCUCAUUUUACCUGACAACUGAAACAGCCCCAUCCAGCCAACUCAGUCUAAAAGGUUAUAAAUUGUCUCCUUCCAAAAGCCGAGGGGCUCCUCUUCCUCAUCCUGAAACAUUUUUUACACAGCAGCCUCAAACCUAAGCUCUGUGGCAAUAUACAGCGUCUUCAUUCCUCAUCAUGUCGUCUUAACCGAUCACUUGAAUCUCCCUUUACCCGUUGCCAGCUUGCUUGAAUCACCCAUACUGAUCCUGUAGAGGACCCAUGAUCGCACCAGUGUCCAACACUGAAGGUGAAACUCUACCUUUUGUCAAGUUGACCCUCUGAAACCAGCAAAAACACACACGCACAGAAAAACACAGACACAUAAAAAACACCCAGUACCAGCUAGAAACACACCAUAAGGAACGUUUGCGCCAUUUGCCUUGUAAAAAACAUUGCCCUACUUCUUUGGAUAAUAUAUCCAGAUGGCACUUCUUGUCAGUGAACAAGCCAGUGGCAAGGGCUACAAUGUCUGCAUUCCAAAAUGUUUAUUACACUUCUAUAAUCUCUGCUUUAGGACCCACAACCAUCACUGAUCCAUGUGGUGUCCCUCCAUGUGACUGACAGUCAUAUCCAAACAGGUGGUGUAGUCCACCCGUGUUAUUCUAAUUUAUUUUGCAUAUGAUUAUAGUAUUUAUUUUGGUAUAUUUAAUUGUACUGUAGCUAGGUCUUAGUCAUGCUUGAAUGAAAAAAAAAAAACGAGCUGUUAAUUUUUUUAGGUUUGUAUACCAAAUGACUGGCCAUGUUAUAAAACCCCACUGAAGCAUCUGCAGUGCUACAUGUUUAGUGCAUCAAUCAGUGGCGUUUUGUUGAGUGAAAAAUCUCUUUCACACUGUGCGCAAAUUUAAUUUACAUAGUUAUAAGCUAUCCCGCACUUGUUCAAGCACAAGGCUCAAGCAAUAACACAUCUAGUUUAAUCAUGUCUUAAAUGUUGGCCGUAUUAAUGACACACCAUUCUGUCCGUCCAACACCAAAUGAGUUUGCUAGUUCUCCACUUGCUCCAGUAGUGGUAUGUUAUUAAUAAUCAGGAGUAACAAUGAUUGUAAUUGAUCUAUAUAAAAAAGAAAGAAAAAAAAAAGAUAUGGUGCAUGUGUGUUGAAUGUAGACUUUCUAAUCAUGUUGUACUGUGCUUUGGAUUGACUAUUUUAAAAAUGUCAGUAGCAUGAACAACAUAAACACUACAGAAUGCUAAUUUUGGUCUAGACUUCAAUUUUUAAUACAGUAUCUUUUUUUGUAUUGUAGCAGAAUAAGUACUAUGAAAUCCUUUAAAUCUGGAGUCUUCCCGCUAAUAAUUAAAUGUAUAUUUUGACACAGAAUUGCACUGCUGACCAGUUCAAAUCCAUGAGCAAAUUUAACAAUAUGACCAUUACCAUUUAUUUAUGACCACAUAUUUGCAUUUUUUCUGGUCCACGUCCUAAGUACAUCACCACCAAAUUGUGUCUUAACAUGGGUAUGACUCUUGCACAAAGUUCCUUGUUACAGGUCUUCUUUCCCCACUCAACCCAUUUGGGAAACUAUAAAAUGCACUAUGAAAAGACUUUUGUUAAGGGAAUAUGAAGAAGCACACCCCAGAAUGUUGUCUCUUGUGCUAAAUCAGCCAUCCAAGGUGAAUUUUUUGCGAAAUAUGUGCUGCUGGUCCCCUGCUAAUACUUUGUAAAAGUUCCUGAUAACUGUCCCUGGAAUCUUAAUAAACCUCUGCUACCCAGACAUUA